AUGUUUUCUCGAGUAGCCAUUCAUCUAACACGUUGUAAUUCAGCAUCACUUCGAAGUUCUCGACUUGUUUUACCUUCACAUCCUUAUCGUCGUUUAUUUGAACUACCACGACGUGGUCAGAUACGCCCAUGGUACCGUCGUUUUUGGCCAUUAACCAUUGCAUUUACUGUUGUUUCAACUGGUAUACCAAUUGGUUAUAUUGUUUACAAAGAUUUUCUACAAGAAUCAUGGAUGAAAAAAGAUAAAACAUCAGAAGAAAAUUUCGAUGAAAAUAGUGAAUCUGUAUCUCAAUCUGAACUUGAUACACUUCUUUCACAAACUCAACAAUUACUUAAUUCUGAACUUUAUUUAAAUCGUUCGUCUGCCUUUAUUGUACCUAUACGUUUAUUCUUUCGUACAUUAAAACUUAUUAUUAUCUUUACUCCUGUUAUUAUUUUCUAUUUCAUCCAAGACAAAUUUGCUCCACAUUUAUAUGAAAAAUGGUGUUUUACGCUUCGACGAUCAUUUGAAUUUUGUGGUCCUUGUUUUAUUAAACUUGGUCAAUGGAUGGCAACUCGUCCUGAUUUAUUCUCUACUCAAUUUUGCUCAAUAUUUAAUGAACUUCAUUCAAAUGCUCCAGUACAUUCAGAAUCUCAGACACGAAAAUUAUUACAUGAUAAUAAUAUACAUAUAAAAUCUACAUCAACAGAUUUUCUUUCUAAACCAUUAGCAAGUGGUGCAAUAGCACAAGUUUAUCGAUGUAAAGUUGGUAAUCUUGAUUUAAUAAUGAAAGUUCGUCAUCCAAAUGUUCAAAAUAAAAUUUAUUAUGAUUUAAAAAUAUUAAAUAUUUUUACACGUGUAUUAACAAAAUUCUCAAGAGAUCAAUUUAAAUGGCUUAAUCUUGAAGAUAAUAUUCAUUCAUUUACAAAAAAUAUGUUAUUACAAACAAAUUUAGUGAUUGAAACAAAAAAUUUACAAAUAUUUGAAAGAAAUUUUGAAAAAUAUAAAUCAAAUAUACGUUUUCCACAUGUUGAUCCAUCAUUACCAUCAACAAAAGAUAUUCUCUUUCAAACUUAUGAAAAUGGACAAAUAUUAAAUGAUUUUAUGGAUACAUGCAAAGAUCCAAAAAUUCGAAAGAAAUUAGCAUAUCUCGGUGUUAAUGCUUAUUUGAAAAUGCUUUUUGUUGAUAAUUUUAUUCAUGCUGAUCUACAUCCGGGUAAUAUUCUUGUUCAUCUUAAUGAAAAAUCACCUCAUGAACCAAUAAUAAUAUUUCUUGACGUUGGUUUAACAUCUUCACUUAGUCGAAGUGAUAAAAAGAAUUUUUAUGAUUUAUUUCGUGCAAUAGCAAAUUAUGAUAGUACAGAAGCAGCAACAUUAAUAAUUGAACGUGCACCAAAUGCAAAAGAAAUCGAUGAACAAUCAAAAAUUGGUUUUCGAAAAGAAAUGGCUGUCUUAAUUGAAGAUGUUAUUCGAACACCAUUAAAACAAGUUGAAGUUGGAUUAGUUUUACGUAAUGUAUUAGAUUUAGGAAAGAAAUAUCAUAUUAAAUUAGAAUCAAAUUUUACAACACUUGCUCUUGGAACAAUUAUUAUUGAAGGUAUCGGUAGACAACUUGAUCCAGAUCUAGAUUUUGUUAGUGCUGCAAGACCAUUUUUACAAAAAGAUUUUCGACUUGUUAAAAGUUAUUUAAAUGGAGUUUUUCAACGAAAUAUUGCUAAUACAUCGUGGUGGUCACGAUUAUUUAAUAAAACUGAACAAAAUUUAGCUUAA